AUGAUAAACUCUUUUAAUCAACAACAACAACAACAACAACCACUCACGCAACUGAAAGGAGAAACCAUCACGAAAAGCAACAGUCCGAUCUGUGUGAGAGCCAUGAAAUAUUCGCCCACAUUGAUCGUGGCAGAUUCUUCGACCAGUAAUAUUACCUUGUAUGAUACGAUGAAUCGCUGUGUUCGGGAAACAUUUACAGUAACUACGGGAUGUGUCAAGGGUGUUGGUGUGGAUCCAUCCAAUGAUAGUUUUUACAUCACUACUGGAAAAUUACUAGUGAAAUAUGAUUCGGAAGGUGUGUAUCUUGGAAAAUAUGGAAAGAAUUUAGAUUUGAAGAAUCCUUAUGGAGUUGCUGUGGAUGAUGCUGGAAAUUGUUAUAUUGCUGAUCUUGAUGGGAAAAUUGUGGUCAUGUCCAAUGAGGGACUGCUUGUGAGAACAAUUGAGAUGGAGAAGCCCUACGAUAUUUGUUUUGAGCCUGAAUUCAAAUAUAUGGUCGUUUCAGAUCAAAAGAAAGAUGUCAUUAGGUUGAUAACAAAGAAUGGAGAGAAGGUGAAAAAAAUUGGAUGUAAGGGAAAUGCAAAAGGACAAUUCAAUUCACCAAGUGGUGUUUUUGUGGAUGGUUUUGGGCAAAUAUUUGUGGUAGACAGUUCCAAUCACCGAAUUCAAAUGUUCGACAAGACUGGAAAGUUUUUGGCUGCCAUAGGAACGAGAGGUAAAAAUGAUGAUGAACUGGAAUUUCCUAGAUCUGUUUGUGUUGACUAUUUGGGAGUGAUGUAUGCUGCAGACACAUCAAACAACAGAGUCCAAUCUUUCAAAAGCUCUGUAUGA